AUGCCAGAAAAUCAAAGCGAACAAGGUGAGAACAAUUCGCCACUAAUUACAUGGCUUAAAGUUGUGUUUCCAUCUGGUAUGAAUAAUAAUAGAUCAUCAACUUUGGAACAUUAUGCAAAUUCUUCACAGUACGCUUCGGAACAUGAUGAGGAUCAUCAGCAGCAAGAAAUUAUUAAAUCACCAACAAUUAAUUCGAGUUUGAGUUUGAUUUGGUUUAGUGGUUUGCUAUUGGAGAAUGAUCAUCAUUCAAUGCUGGUAGUUGAAAGCUUUACGGAAAUGGCCAAGUUAAUUAAAUCAUCAUCAGAAGAUUCAUCAACAAUAUGUGAGGAAAUGUAUUUUGGAUUAUCGGAGGAGGGAAAAUACUUUAUUCAUAAUAACAAUAAUAAGAACAAUAAGAAAAUCGAUACGGAAUCCAAUAAUACCAACACUAGCCUAUUUGUAAAUCCUCCUCCACUCAUGAUGAAAAGUUCUGUCAAUUCUUCCCUGCUUGGAAAACCAACCUCCUCAUUGGAGACAUUUAUUUAUUUAUUUUCAUUAUGUUCACUAUGCAAUGCUUGUUCGGAGGAAAUUUUCAACAACUUUAAUGAAAUAGUGCAGGUAGUAGAAUAUAGUUUACAGGAUGUAAAUUGUCAGAAUGACAUUUAUUGGCAGGAGAUUUAUAAUAAUAUUUCUGCCGAUUCACAAUCACUGAUCAUAUUGGGAAAGUUUAUUUGUGCAAUUUUUCCUCAUAUUCAGAUUUUAAACAAAUCCAAUUCGACUAUACUGUUCGGUCACAUUUGUAGAUGUUGGACUAAACAAGUCGUGAAUAAUUCGAGUGAAGAGUUGUGGAAAUUAUUGGCCAGGUUUUUAUCAUAUCCCGAACUCUCUAGGUAUUACUUUUUUACCAAUUCAGAAAUUGGUCAUACUACUAGUGUGCUAUUGGCAAAUUACACGAUUGACAUUUUAGAUAAGGACCAUUAUUGUGAUGAUAGUAAUUUUACACUUUCAGAGAAAUUCGAGCUCUUCUUGAAAGUAUUUAAAAACAAAUUCCUCACAUCAGAUUUCAAGGAAUCUUCAGAGAUUUACGAAUAUUGUAAAUUAUUUAUUGAUACAGAUACAUUCAAGGAGGAACAUUUCGAGCUGUAUCUAAGAUUCAAAGCAGAAAUGGAAUAUAUUGUCAUAUUAUCGCCUCCUUUUGUAUCAUAUUAUAGAGCUAUAGAAUACUUGUUGAAUUUAGCAAAUCAAGUCGAGGAGAGUAAGGAAACACUCUCAGAGAAUGUAUAUAUCUUCCUCAAAUCUCAAAUUAUUUUACACAAACUAAAGAAGGCAUCAACCUUUGAAAUAUCUGCCGAGUAUUACUCCCAAAAGGAUUAUUUGAUUACAACCUUCAAGAAGGAAUUGGAAGAUUUGGUUGAUAUCAAGAACGAAUACUUCACUAAGGGGUAUUUGAACCCAUUCAUCAUACAUAUACUUUCUCCUGGCAAAUUAAUGCGCAAUUGGCUGCUGGUUAACAAUAAGAAUACUCUCUCAAAAAUUCAACAUUACAGCUCUCUUGCUGGCUGGUACAAGGAGAGAGGAAAUUGUGUCAAACACAGAGAGUACCUCCAAAAGGCCUACUCUCUCUUCCAAUAUAUUAAUAUGAGAGAUUGGAUGAAUAAUGGAAUAUUUGAAGUGGCCGAGAGUUUGGUAUCUGCUUAUGCCUCUGAAAGUCUUCCUCCUUUUUUCAGCAAAAAGCUAUUGAUUGAAUUGGAGGCAUUGUGGAGUGGAUUGGACUCAACUAGAGAGCUAUACUUUCCUGGAGCCUAUAAAAUUCUCAUCAAUUUGAAAGCAAGUCUAUGUCCAGAAAAAGAGAGUAGAGAAAUUCUUGACUCUGCCAUAUCUUUAUUCAAAUCUGCACUUUGCCUGAGAAAGGACAAUUAUGCAAUUGAAGAGAAUCCAAAUUAUGAACAAAUUCUUAAAUAUGGAGGUGAAGAUAACAAGAAGAAGGAUACCUCCGCAUAUCAAGUUUACAUUUCUCUCAUCAAGGAUCAUGCCAAUACCUAUUCCAAAUCAGCUCCUAAAGUUUCACUUAAAAUUUACAGGAACCUUUUGAUAGAGAAUACUGUCAAGCAUGACCACUGCUCCAUUAGAUUGUUUAUUCUCUCACUGUUCUCAUCAUUGAACAUGCAAAAUGACAUGAUCCAUUUAUGUGACCAACUCUUUGAGUAUUAUGGAACAUAUCCUGUCGUAAAAAUCAGAUGCUAUCAAUACUUGGCUGAUUAUUACAAGAGAAAGAUCAAGUUUUCUACUCUUCUUUCAGAAGAAUUACAAUUAAUUGAAAAAUCUCUACUCAACCUGACUGGUGCUGUGGAAGUUUUGAAAGAAAACGACUUGGAUACUUACUCUUCCCUAUCAGACUUUUUAUUGUGUGCACAGACAGCAUCUUCCCUAUAUUCAAGUUUUAGUGAUCGAAUCAAGAAGGAUGUCAAGUGGGAAUCUUUCGAAAAGUCCCUUUCAACAAUAUUUGAAGACCUUAUUGAAUUCUUGAAAAAGUUUGACUUUUCUAAUUGUAUUUCCAAAAGUAAUAUCGAUUUAGUCCAAAGUAUGUUUUCAAUACUUUCAGGUGCUAUGGAAUUCUUGAGCACUUCCCAAUUGAAGACCAUUCUUCUCAAGGCACUUCUACUCUCAGAGAAUAUCAAACCAAUUGUUAACAUUUACAAUAAUUCCACGAUUAUGUAUGGAUUUUAUGAUAUUCUGAUUCUCUCCAACAAGUUCUUUUCUCAGGUUGAAGAACCAGUUGUUAAGGAAAUUAACUAUGAAAAAAGAGACUUAUUGGGGUCAAUUUUUUCUGUGGAUGAGGAAAAUACCAAUUUUUGGAACCACAUGAUAGAAUAUCCAGAGGAUCAGUUUCCAACAUUUUUGGAAAUUGAGUAUGGCUUUUUAAAUUUCCUAUUGGAGGGGUUUCAACAUCACGGAGUAUACAAAUCUCUCAUCUAUAAGCAAAUAUUUGAUAUCCACAGAAGAAAUAAGAAUUGCACAAAAGAAUUAUUCCUCAAGCAUCUCGAAUCAUGGAAAGAGGUUGCAAUCGACUCAGACACUAGAAGACACUACCCAACUCACAUUCUUGAUUGUGAACUCUAUGAGAAUUUUACCAAAUUCAAAACAAAGGGAGAUUUGACACUCACCAGAAUGAAUAUCAUUACCGAUGUUUCCUCUAUUGAUGAGACAACCAAACAAAGAGUAGUAAGGGAUUUGUCAAAUGAUAUAUUCUUCCAUGAAAAGUUUUUACAAACCGUCUCAAUGAUUCAAUCUUAUGAAAUGAUACUUGCCAUCAACUUGAGACAAGUGGAUUUAUUCUCUAAAAUUCCUACCAGCUUUUGCAAACUAAGAGCACUGAGAUCUAUCCUAUUUCUUGAAUCUGUGACUGGAAUUAAUGGACUCAGUGAACACUUUUUCGAAAGAGUGCAACAAAUUCAAGUCUCAGACGAUCUCAUUGUCAACAUUGGAUGUGGUAAUGAUGAUAGAAUUUACAUUUAUGCUAAAAUUGAAGGUCUCGAUUUGAAUUAUGAUGUCAUUACUGAAGAUAGAGUCAAGGUAAUGGAAAAAUUAUUGGAAUCAUCAUUCUUUGGAUUUAUGGAUAUAUACAGUGAAAUUGAUUACUUGUCGUGUGGUUUGAGUGAGGAUGGCUCCAUCUAUUUGCACACAUACUAUGAACUGAAGACGAGCUCCUUCUCCAAACUUCUCUACACCCUUCAAACCUUCAUCAAGAAUGCAGAAAAUUGGAAGAGUGAGGUAUUUGAAUUGAUAUCCAAGAAAACCAAACAUACUAGUGCAACCAACAUUAGAGAACGUAUCUUUAAUACUCGAUACCUAGCCACACACAACACAAAGAAAAAGUAUGGUUUGAGCAAGGAUCAAGGUACUCUUGUUGAAUCAAUCAUUACACUGAUUGAAAAGAAAGAGGAGGAAUCUAAAACACCAACCCACGAAAAGCAAGACGAAAAUGAAAUGCUCGAAGUAUUCACAGAUAGUACCCUGGAAGUGUUGGAAUCAUACCUAUCCAACUCAACACAAGAUCUCUACGAUGGAACUCUUCAAAAGUAUAAGGCUAAGGAAAUGAUUGAAAAUAGUUUGAAUGCUCUGUGUUUCAUCUCUGAUCUGUAUCACUUAGGUCAGUUGAAAUCAAAGGAAAGAGCAGACAAUUUAUUGCAAAAUUUAGGAGAUGCCCUUGGAUUGGCAGGAAAUCUCCAAUUUACUGAGAGUGAUAGAAUUUGCACCAUUGCAGCCAAUGGUUUGAAUAUUUAUCUUCAACAUCGAAGAAAGGAGGGCAGAUUACUCGAUCACAUUUUCAUUUUUGCCAUUUGUAGUGUCAAGAUUAAUUGUGUUCACAAGAAGGAUCAAGUUUACACAUACUUUUUAAAGAGUUCACUAUUAGGAGGAAAUUCUAUGGGAGGUGGAUUCGGUGUCAUUAAGAAUGAGAAUGAUCCAGCCAAGAUUUCAAUUUAUUACUACACUAGAUUGAGUGUUGAGAAUGCAUCAGAUACAGCACUGAUGGAGGUUCUUCCAGGAUUUGUCACUUCUUAUAGUGAAUUGUUGGAUGAUUUGGAGAAGAUUCUAUCGGAUAGAAGUUGUUAA